CAGCGGCGGCGGCGUUGGGGGCGCGGAGCCGCGGGAGGAGCGAGAAGGAGAAUCUGUGAGUCGCCGAGAGGCAGCGCGGCGGCUGCUUUGAGGAGUCCGCGUGCGGAACCGCCGACGGCCCUACCGCUCGGGGCCGGGGCCUGGGCUGGGAAGGAGAGGCCGGAGCAGCGCCGGGAGCCUGAGGCCGAAGCCGAGUAGGAAUGUGACCUGGGGUCGGCGGGGGCGCGGGAGUACGCGAGCGCAGGGAUGGGGCAGCAGGUGGGCCGCGUUGGGGAGGCUCCGGGGCUUCAGCAGCCGCAACCUCGCGGGAUCCGGGUCAGCAGUGCAGCCAGGCCCUCCGGCCGCAGGCGGGACCUGGCGGGGCGCACCACAGAGGCCGGCUUCAAUAUCUUCACCCAGCAUGAUCACUUUGCCAGCUGUGUGGAGGAUGGCUUUGAGGGAGACAAGACUGGAGGCAGUAGUCCAGAAGCCUUGCACCGCCCGUAUGGUUGUGAUGUUGAACCCCAGGCACUGAAUGAAGCCAUCCGGUGGAGCUCCAAGGAGAACUUACUUGGAGCCACUGAGAGCGACCCUAAUCUCUUUGUUGCACUUUACGAUUUCGUAGCCAGUGGUGAUAACACACUCAGCAUCACUAAAGGUGAAAAGCUUCGAGUCCUUGGUUAUAACCAGAAUGGUGAGUGGAGUGAAGUUCGCUCCAAGAAUGGACAAGGUUGGGUGCCAAGCAACUACAUCACCCCAGUGAACAGCUUAGAGAAACAUUCCUGGUACCAUGGACCCGUGUCACGCAGUGCAGCAGAGUAUCUACUCAGCAGUCUAAUCAAUGGCAGUUUCCUGGUGCGAGAAAGUGAGAGCAGCCCCGGGCAGCUGUCCAUCUCGCUCAGGUACGAGGGGCGUGUAUAUCACUACAGGAUCAAUACGACCACAGAUGGCAAGGUUUACGUGACGGCGGAGAGCCGCUUCAGCGCCCUGGCAGAGCUCGUGCACCAUCACUCCACGGUGGCUGACGGGCUGGUGACGACCUUACAUUACCCAGCGCCCAAGUGUAACAAGCCCACAGUCUAUGGUGUGUCCCCCAUUCAUGACAAAUGGGAAAUGGAACGAACGGAUAUUACCAUGAAGCACAAGCUUGGGGGUGGUCAGUACGGAGAAGUUUAUGUUGGCGUCUGGAAGAAAUACAGCCUUACGGUUGCUGUGAAGACGUUGAAGGAAGAUACCAUGGAGGUGGAAGAGUUCCUGAAAGAAGCUGCAGUGAUGAAGGAAAUCAAGCAUCCUAAUCUGGUCCAGCUAUUAGGUGUGUGUACUUUGGAGCCACCAUUUUACAUCGUGACUGAGUACAUGCCGUAUGGCAACUUGCUCGAUUAUCUCCGAGAAUGCAGCCGAGAAGAGGUGACUGCGGUGGUCCUGCUGUACAUGGCCACUCAGAUCUCCUCUGCAAUGGAGUAUCUAGAGAAGAAGAAUUUCAUCCAUAGAGAUCUCGCAGCCCGUAACUGCCUCGUAGGAGAAAACCAUGUGGUGAAAGUGGCCGACUUUGGCUUAAGUAGAUUGAUGACGGGAGACACCUAUACUGCGCAUGCCGGAGCCAAAUUUCCUAUUAAAUGGACAGCACCAGAGAGUCUUGCCUACAAUACCUUCUCAAUUAAAUCUGACGUCUGGGCUUUUGGGGUACUGUUGUGGGAAAUUGCUACAUAUGGAAUGUCACCAUAUCCAGGCAUUGACCUGUCUCAGGUGUAUGAUCUACUGGAGAAAGGAUAUCGAAUGGAACAACCUGAAGGAUGCCCCCCUAAGGUUUAUGAACUUAUGAGAGCAUGCUGGAAGUGGAGCCCUGCUGACCGGCCGUCUUUUGCUGAAACACAUCAGGCUUUUGAAACCAUGUUCCAUGACUCCAGCAUUUCUGAAGAGGUAGCUGAGGAGCUUGGGAGAGCCGCCGCCUCCUCAUCUGUUGUUCCAUACCUGCCCCGACUGCCUAUACUUCCUUCCAAGACCCGGACACUGAAGAAACAGGUGGAGAACAAGGAGAACAUCGAAGGGGCACAGGACGCCACAGAAAAUUCUGCUUCUAGUUCAGCACCAGGGUUCCUUAGAGGUGCACAGGCCCCCACUGGGUCUCCAGCACUGCCUCGAAAACAAAGAGACAAGUCACCCAGCAGCCUCUUGGAAGAUGCCAAAGAGACAUGCUUCACCAGAGACAGAAAGGGAGGCUUCUUCAGCUCCUUCAUGAAAAAGAGAAAUGCUCCCACACCCCCCAAACGCAGCAGCUCCUUCCGAGAAAUGGAGAAUCAACCCCACAAGAAAUAUGAGCUCACGGGUAACUUCUCAUCUGUUGCUUCUCUGCAGCAUGCUGAUGGGUUCUCUUUCACUCCUGCCCAGCAAGAGGCGAAUCUGGUGCCACCCAAGUGCUAUGGGGGGAGCUUUGCGCAGAGGAACCUCUGUAAUGACGAUGGCGGUGGGGGCGGGGGCAGUGGCACCGCUGGGGGCGGGUGGUCUGGCAUCACAGGCUUCUUUACACCACGCUUAAUCAAAAAGACACUGGGCUUACGAGCGGGGAAACCCACAGCCAUUGAUGACACUUCCAAGCCUUUUCCAAGGUCAAACUCUACAUCUUCCAUGUCCUCAGGGCUUCCAGAGCAGGAUAGGAUGGCAAUGACCCUUCCCAGGAACUGCCAGAGGUCCAAACUCCAGCUGGAAAGGACAGUGUCCACCUCUUCUCAGCCAGAAGAGAAUGUGGACAGGGCCAAUGACAUGCUUCCAAAAAAAUCAGAGGAAGGUGCUGCUCCAAGCAGGGAGAGACCAAAAGCCAAACUUUUGCCCAGAGGAGCCGCGGCUCUUCCUCUCAGAACGCCCUCUGGGGAUCCAGCCAUUACAGAGAAGGACUCUCCAGGGGUGGGGGUGGCUGGAGUGGCAGCUGCCCCAAAGAGCAAGGAGAGGAAUGGUGGGGCGCGACUCGGCAUGGCUGGAGUCCCAGAGGACGGCGAUCAGACGGGCUGGUCUUCUCCGGCCAAGGCUGCAGCAGCCCUCCCAACCACUCACAACCACAAAGUGCCAGUCCUUAUCUCACCCACUCUGAAGCACACUCCCGCUGACGUGCAGCUCAUUGGCACAGACUCUCAGGGCAAUAAAUUCAAACUCUUAUCUGAGCAUCAGGUCACAUCCUCUGGAGACAAGGACCGACCCCGACGGGUAAAACCAAAGUGUGCCCCACCCCCACCCCCAGUGAUGAGACUACUGCAGCAUCCGUCCUUGUGCUCAGACCCCGCGGAAGAGCCGACCGCCCCGACUGCAGGACAGCCCGCACUAGAAACACAGGAAGGAGGGAAAAAGGCCACUCCGGGGGCAGUGCCUGGCGGUGGGAAAGCCGGGAGGCCAGUGAUGCCUCCGCCUCAAGUGCCUCUGCCCACAUCUUCCAUCUCGCCAGCCAAAAUGGCUAAUGGCACAGCAGGUACUAAAGUGGCCCUGAGAAAAACCAAACAGGCGGCUGAGAAAAUCUCAGCAGACAAAAUCAGCAAAGAGGCCCUGCUGGAAUGUGCUGACCUACUGUCCAGUGCCAUCACAGAACCUGUGCCCAACAGCCAGCUGGUGGACACUGGCCACCAGCUUCUUGACUACUGCUCAGGCUAUGUGGACUGCAUCCCUCAGACGCGCAACAAAUUUGCCUUCCGAGAGGCUGUGAGCAAACUGGAACUCAGCCUGCAGGAGCUGCAGGUGUCUUCGGCCGCUGCCGGGGUGCCCGGGGCCAACCCUGUCCUUAAUAACUUAUUGUCAUGUGUGCAGGAGAUCAGCGAUGUGGUACAGAGGUAGCCACUGUGAGCUUCGUGGGAAGAUGCUCACAGUUCUGAGGGGAGAGGGGGAGGGACUUGUUUUCCUGUGUUCUUGUUUUCAAAAAAUGAAAGACUGA